CCGUCACGUGGCCGCGGCGUCCCUUCACACCCGGAAGCAGCGGCGGGAGGGAGCCGGCAGGGAUGAGCGGAGAACCCGAGCCGAUAUCCUUAGCGCCCCCUCCCGGGGAGGUCGAACCGGGCAGUGGGGUCCGCAUCGUGGUGGAAUACUGUGAACCCUGCGGCUUCGAGGCGACCUACCUGGAGCUGGCGAGUGCUGUGAAGGAGCAGUACCCUGGCAUCGAGAUCGAGUCGCGCUUGGGGGGUACAGGGGCUUUUGAGAUCGAGAUCAAUGGACAGCUGGUGUUUUCCAAGCUUGAGAAUGGGGGCUUUCCUUAUGAGAAGGAUCUCAUUGAGGCCAUCCGAAGAGCCAGUAAGGGAGAACCUCUAGAAAAGAUCACCAACAGCCGGCCGCCCUGUGUCAUCCUGUGA